GGAAAGAGGGCAAAGGUGCCUUCUGCGGACCCUCCUGCGCGCCCACCCCCACCUCACAGAUGCAGUAGCAGCUGCAGGUGAGCAAUGGCAGGCGCUGGCCAGCGCAAAGGCAAGAAGGAUGACAAUGGCAUCGGCACAGCCAUUGAUUUUGUGCUCUCCAAUGCCCGGCUGGUGCUGGGGGUGGGUGGAGCAGCCAUGCUGGGCAUCGCUACCCUGGCUGUUAAACGGAUGUACGAUAGGGCAAUCAGUGCCCCGACCAGCCCCACCCGCCUGGGCCAUUCCGGGAAAAGGAGCUGGGAAGAACCAAACUGGAUGGGCUCCCCCCGACUGCUGAACAAGGACAUGAAGACAGGCCUGAGCCGGUCCCUGCAGACCCUUCCCACAGACUCCUCGGCCUUUGACACAGAUCCAUUCUGCCCACCCCAGCCCAAGCCACUGGCCAGGAAGGGCCAGGUAGACUUGAAGAAGUCACGACUCCGCAUGUCCCUGCAGGAGAAACUUCUUUCUUACUACCGGAACCGGGCUGCCAUCCCUGCCGGUGAGCAGGCUCGGGCCAAGCAAGCUGCCGUGGACAUAUGUGCUGAGCUCCGGGGCUUCCUGCGGGCCAAGCUGCCUGACAUGCCGCUUCGGGACAUGUACCUGAGUGGCAGCCUCUAUGACGACCUGCAGGUGGUGACAGCCGACCACAUCCAACUCAUUGUGCCCCUUGUCCUGGAGCAGAACCUGUGGUCGUGUAUUCCUGGCGAGGACACCAUCAUGAAUGUCCCUGGCUUCUUCCUGGUUCGUCGUGAGAACCCAGAGUACUUUCCUCGUGGCAGUAGUUACUGGGACCGCUGUGUUGUAGGGGGCUACCUCUCCCCAAAGACAGUGGCGGACACAUUUGAGAAGGUAGUGGCUGGCUCCAUCAAUUGGCCGGCCAUAGGGUCUCUCUUGGACUAUGUGAUCCGCCCGGCACCCCCCCCAGAGGCCUUGACUCUGGAAGUGCAAUAUGAGCGUGACAAACAUCUUGUCAUUGACUUCUUGCCAUCGGUGACUCUAGGUGACACUGUCUUGGUGGCCAGACCACACCGGCUAGCCCAGUAUGACAACCUGUGGCGGCUGAGCUUGCGUCCUGCUGAGACGGCGCGCCUGUGGGCUUUGGACCAGGCCGACUCGGGCUGCCGAUCUCUGUGCCUCAAGAUCCUCAAGGCCAUAUGCAAGUCCACGCCAGCUCUGGGCCACCUCACUGCCAGCCAGCUCACGAAUGUCAUCCUCCACUUGGCCCAGGAGGAGGCUGACUGGUCUCCAGACAUGCUGGCCGAUCGGUUCCUGCAGGCCUUGAGGGGACUCAUCAGGUACCUAGAGGCCGGAGUCCUGCCCAGUGCCCUAAACCCCAAGGUGAACUUAUUCGCUGAGCUCACCCCUGAAGAAAUAGACGAGUUGGGAUACACUCUCUAUUGCUCACUGUCCGAGCCGGAGGUGCUGCUGCAGACGUAGGGCAGGCGAAGGCCCAAGUGGGUGUUGGGCGUCAGGCCCUGGAUUCUCUUAGAAACACUGGGCUCUAGAGAUGGUGCCUCACAGGGUCCUAGGUGCCUCCCGUCUUGCUGUUCAUCGCCCUGGUCACUUCAUGCUGAUUAGAAUGACAUCUCUUAAAUCUCCUAUUUUCUCAAACCCAACCCUUUCUAUUUUUGUUACCAAACACUGUGCUCCCUCCUCCUCCUCCGCCCCGUGCUCCAGGCUGAUUUUGCUGGAAUGAAUUGGCGAGGUGGAGCCCUGGCCUGAGCUAUUGAAACCACUUGGUGUUUUGCAUGUGGCCCAGGCUUUCUGCUCCUGUCUGUCCUGCCUUGCCCUUUGGCCUGCUUCUCUUCCGUGUCUUCUCUACCUUUUCCUACUGUUCAUGCCUGUUCUGUUCCUUUCCCUGGAGCACACCUGCCAAUCAAGAUGUUGCCUUUAGUUGAACAUCACUGAACUUACGAUCGCAUGUUUCCAAGCUGACCUCUGCAGAGCGCUCAGGCAGUAUUUAGGGGUUCUGGGGUAAAGUGGCGGAAGAGCUGGCCGUUGAUUCAGGUUCCUGGGAAAGAAGCCCAUUCCCCCAACCUCCUGACCAACUCAUAGCCAUAGUGCUGAGGGGUCUCUCAUGGGAACACUGUUACUGACCCACACAGGAUGGGGGCUCAAGGUAAACUGGACGCAGUUAUUUGGAGAUUCUUAGUGGCCAUCAGUGAGCGUGCAGCGUGGGGGACCGGAGGUGACCUGGGAGAGGGUCUGUGUAUUGAUGUCUCCAGCUCAUGUGGCUGGUCCAGGCCACACCACCUGUGUGCCGGAGUCACAGGAAGACGAGGAGGGAGGGGCUGCAAGGGCAGCACCUCUGCAUGCGCACGUUCCUUCACCCCCUUCCUUGCCUCGUUGUCCUUUAGGAUGAGGCCUUCAAGACCACAGCCUUAGCCCUAGAGGUUGAAGGGAGGUUGACAGGCAGCAGGAUGUCAGCUGGAAGACCCAGUCACCAGUUGUGGCUCAGUGACCAUGUUUCUCCCCCAUCAGGCCUGCCUUUCUAGGAUGUUGUCUUAGAGCAAGAACAGUCUGCCAUAGGAAUGUGAGAGGGCUGUUUGCUGAACUCUCC